UGAACUCCAUUUGCAUUGUUUCGAAAGACAGCGUUAACGUUCAAUACAAUCAAGCUGCUGAUUUGUUAGCUGCGGCUGGUCAUUGUGAAGAUCAAGUCCAAACAAGAUCAAAUUUGCAGCUUUCUUCUAUUUGUUUAGCUGAUGCUGUAGGAAGGGUAGCCUCCCGGGCUGUGUAAUUAGUGUUUUUCUUGUGAGUUCUGCGUGUGCUUUGCUUUCUUUUGUAACCUCAACUUAUCAAAAAACAAAGUAUAGCCUUAUCUAUAUGGUACUUCUAAGCUCUACAGGAACAAGCUAAAGGAUUCAUGGAUGUCUUGGGCGAUGAAUUGGGCUCUCGCGCGCACAUGUGCCAAGAACAAGUCACGUUCUACUUCUUGCAGACCGUUUAUGGUGGUGGUGGUUCGGGUUCCGCCUUUGCGUGUAGUAGCCCAAUUUCGUACGUCUUGUUCUUGUGCCUCUGAAGAAUUGGCAAACAAGGCUAACUCCAAGAGCUUGUAUAAGGCAUUGAGAUCUUUAGAACUCGUUAAUCCAAAAUCUUCUCUAUCCACCCAAAGGCAUGCCGACCAUCUUCGCCUGUUACAAUCUUGCAUGCAGGAUUUGUUGGAAAAGCGUGACGGUAAGAGCUCCACUUCUGUUAAUCUAGCCGAGAGGAAAACCCAUGACUCGUUCGAUGAAAUUCUUGACUCCGGUGCUGAAUGUUGGGCUCUUGCCCUGUAUAAGGAGAAGGAUGUUCUUUCUUUGUUUUCUCGGAUGCACAAGAAAGGGUUGAGAGUGGUUGGUGCUAAUGCGUUCUCGUGUGCAUUGAGUGUGUGUGGGGCUUCAAAGGCUCUAGGCGUCGGGAUUCAACUUCAUUCUCUAGCAACCAAAACUGGAUUCGUUAUGAAUGUAUAUGUUGGUAGUUCUUUGGUCACCCUGUAUGGCAAAUGUUGGAGAUUAGAUGAUGCUUAUCGGAUGUUUGAGGGAAUGCCUGUGAGGAACGUUGUGUCAUGGACAGCUAUUAUUGCUAGCUUUGCACAACACUGUCAGGUUGAGAUGUGUCUGUGGCUCUACCAUGAAAUGAGGCAUUUGACGAUAAAACCCAAUGAUAUCACCUUAAUGAGCUUGCUGACCGCCUGCAUGGGUGGUGGCUCUCUUGGAAAGGGGAGAAGUGCUCAUUGUCAAACAAUUAAGAUGGGUUUCCAUUCGUAUACCCACAUUGGCAAUGCUUUGGUCUCUAUGUAUUCCAAGUGUGGGAACAUUGGAGAAGCGUUCUACAUUUUUGAGAAUAUGCAAGGAAGAGAUCUCAUCUCAUGGAAUUCAAUGAUUGCAGGGUUUGCUCAACAUGGUCUCGCAGAAAAGGCCAUCGACCUCCUCAAAGAAAUGGUGAAGCAGAAGAUCAAACCCGAUGCCAUUACUUUCCUUGGCGUUCUCUCUUCUUGUCGUCAUGAAGGUCUUGUAGAAAAGGGUCGAACUUACUUCAAUUCUAUGAUUGAACUUGGUCUCACGCCGGAUUUAGACCAUUACUCAUGCAUUGUGGAUCUUCUUGGUCGAGCUGGGUUGCUUGAAGAUGCUCAAGAAUUCGUCCAGAAGAUGCCCAUCCUUCCUAAUGCUGUUAUUUGGGGCUCCUUACUUUCUUCUUCUAGGCUUCAUGGGAACGUCUGGAUUGGAAUUCAUGCUGCAGAGAGUAGGCUUUUGUUGGAACCGGGCUGUGCUGCAACCCAUGUGCAACUGGCAAAUCUAUAUGCCAGUGUGGGUUGCUGGGAUCAGGCUGCAAGAGUACGGAAGCUUAUGAAAGAUAGAAGAUUGAAAACCAAUCCUGGCUAUAGCUGGGUUGAGAUCGGUGGAGAAACUCACAGAUUUAUGGCAGAGGACAGGUCAAACACUAAGGUUAAUGAGAUCCUCACAGUGGUCGACGGUUUAGUUUAUAACAUGAGAGGUUUAGGCUAUUCCCCUAAAAUACAAGAAGAGGAGGUUGAAUUAUGAUUUUUUUUUUCAAAAAAAAUUUAUGAUUUAUUUCCUGUAACCUAGUUGGGUCCAAAUUCUAGCAAGACCAUUGGAGGGUUGAAAACUCAGGUCAACAUAGUCUAGUCUAGCAUUUGACUCAGCACACUUAAACUCACUGGAUUAUUUUGGUUCAUUUGAGUGUUCUGACUUCUGGCUUGGAUAUAGGUGGAUAAACCCACAACCAUUUAAAAGAGAAGAGGUUGUAAGAGGAGAGAUUGCAAUGCAAGUACUCCCAUACAAUCAGGCGAUGGACUGGCUAGCUAGAUGGAUAGACACAAGGACUUAGGUUGAGAAUAAAGAUAUGGCUGAGUGGGCUUUCAAGUAUUUUAUUAUUAUGGAUUUUUGGGGAAGAGCUACCCCAAUACCUGAUUUUUUAUUGUAAAUAAUACCCCCAAUCUUAUUUGUUAUUAUGAAGUGCGUGUUUGUCUUAGGUCCUGUUUAUUUACAAAUUUGCCACUUACCUGGGCAAAUACACUUACUCAAUUAAA